AUGGAAAUUAAGAAAUAUAAAAAUUUAUUAUUAUUAUUAUUAAAUUAAAACUAUUUUUAAAGGUAAAAUAAAAUUGGCAUUCAAGGCUGUUAAUCUGUCUCUAAGGCAAUCAAAAACAUGACUAAUUUAAAUAAACUCAUACUUAAUUUAAACUAUAAUAACAUCGAAGAUUAAGGUUUAAACUACAUAGCUUAAGCAAUAAUUAAACUAAAUAAACUUACUCAUUUUGUUAUUAAAGCUGAUUACUGUUUCAUUAAUAAGAAAGGAUUAACUUAUUUGAAUUAGUCUGUUUCUGAGUUAUUGAUACUGGAAAAGCUGGCUUAUUAUUUAAAUGGAAAUUAACUUGGAAAUGGAGGUUUUUCUAGCUUUUCUUUACUUAAUGACAAUAAUAAAAUAAAAGAAUUAUGCUUAUAAUUUAAUUCUAUUCAGAUAUUUGAAGACGACAUAUCUUAAUUAGGAAAUUUCUUAUCUUCAUUAAAAAUCCUUAAAUAUUUACAAUUAAGCUUUGACUCAAGUAAAUUAAACUAAGAAGCACUGAGAGAGUUAGGCUUAUAGAUUAGCAAAAGUCAAAGCAUUUAAAUUCUUUAUUUGAGUUUAAAGGAUAAUAAAAUAAAACAAGAAGACAUAAUUUAACUUGUUGAAGCAAUUUAAGGAUUAUCUAAUCUCAGAGAAAUUAUUAUUGAUUGUUACCAUAAUAAUAUCGGACUAGGUUAGAAAGGUCUAUCAUAAUUAGGAAAAGCCUUAUCAAACUUUCAAUAACUUCAAAGAAUCUCACUAAAUUUAAAUAUGAAUUUAUUAGAAAAUAACCACAUUUUUGAUUUAAGCUAAGAACUUAAGAAUUGUAAAAAUCUUCUAUAGAUCUAAUUAUAUGCAUAGGAUAAUUUGAUUAGCAAUUAAUGUAAUUUUAAGACAAAAGUUUUGUUUAAAAAAUUAAGAAGAUUAGUUUUAAUGUACUGCUGCUUUUGA